AUGAAAAUCACACUUUUCUUUGCUGCAUUGUUCUUGCUGUAUUUCUUCACUUUCUUCCAUGCUUAUCUGCAAUAUCCCUUGCCUGACAUAGAAGCAAAGUUCAUUGAAGAUUGUGUGAGAGCUCACAACACAUUUCACUCCAAAGUGAAUCCACCAGCGAGCAAUAUGCUUCGCAUGUCCUGGGAUGCUGCUUUAGCUAAGACUGCCAAAGCAUGGGCAAAGAAGUGCAAGUUUGACCACAACACCAACCUUAAAAUUCCAGGAAAAAUGCACCCCACCUUUCCAUUUGUUGGAGAAAACAUCUGGACUGGCACAGCCCGCAUCUUCUCUGUGGAUGAAGCUCUCAGGUCCUGGUUUAGUGAAGUCAGCAGCUAUGAUUUCAGCACCAAUAGAUGUACUGACAAGUGUGGUCACUACACUCAGGUCAUCUGGGCAGAGAGCUACAAAGUUGGCUGUGCAGUUCACUUCUGCAACACAGUUGUAAAUUUUCCAGGACUGUUCCAAGCAGCACAUUUUGUUUGUAACUACGGGCCACCGGGGAAUUACCCAAGAAAACCAUAUAAAGAAGGACAGCCAUGCAGUAGAUGCAGUAAUGAGAAGUGUGUAGACAAACUCUGUGAAAAUACAGAACGUGAGAAGCUGAUAAGUUAUGCCAACUGGUAUCCGGACUGGGAUACACAGUCCCCACCACAGCCCAAUCCCCCUGGGCCUGCUGUCCCACCUGCUGAGCAUUCACGACCCUCUUGUGACCAAUACUGUCUUAGUGUUUUAAUUUUAAGGCCACUGUUUCUCAUAUUGAGUGCUGGUGCUGUACUUCUAGUACAACAGAAAUUUCCACACACUUUUUUUUAUGAGUAA